AAAAAGUGAGUGAACUUUUAAAGAUUUUUCCUCAACAGGAGCAAGUGUACCUUGCAGAAGAAGCUGUAAUAUCAAUUUUAAAUGAACAAUGUAAGUUGUAAAAAGUGGAUAUUGAACAUUUUGGUAGGGUUGUAGGGUGUUGUCAGUAAUGUGAAAAAUCCUUGUUAGAUUUGCCGCAGUGCCACUACACUCAAUCUUCGUGUAGUCAAGUGCGGAAAUUAUUCCCACAAACCAAGCGCCUCGCAUGCAUUAGGGGUGCACCGGAACCAAUUUUUUUAAGUUCCGGCCGGAACCGGAAAAAUGUUCCGGCCAGAACCAGAACUCUGAAAAAUUGGGGUUCCGGCUGGAACUAACCGGUGCACCCCUAGUUCCCGUUCAGGUGCACCCCUAGCAUGCAUGUUAACAUUUGUGUACAUAUCAAAAAAUUUUGUAAUGAGUAGUUCAAUCCCAUAAGAUUCAUCUGACCGAAGUUCACAUCAAAACCCAUAGUGAUUUUUAUUCGCCCGUUUUUGUCAUUGACUGCCAAAUCAGCCAAAUAGACUUGUAAGGUUUUAUUAUUAACUUUUAUACAAUUACAUUUCCUAUUACUUGCGAUUGGAGCUUUACAGUAAAACUGCUAGCCUUUAUAAAUAUUUGUAGCAUUUCUUUUGGUACUUUUGAGAAUUUCAAGAUAACUUACAGUCGCAUUUGCAUUCGAGCUUCAUAUCUUGAAUUUUGAAAUGAUAAAUAUUGAUACACACGGCAUUAUGGACUGGUCAUAAAGUAACUGCUAGGGUGGGCUGGAUGCAAAUCACAAAUUUUGCCAAUAAGUUUGGUGACCCAUCUUAGGAUGUAAAAAUCAUAAAAAUUCAAAACAAUUUCAAAAAAAAAAUUUCAUAACAAUUUCAAAGCCCAUCUAAUCUUACCAAAUUUAUUUCAUGACCCACCCACCCAAUCUAAAUUGGGAAAAUACACUUUUAUAAUAAAAAGAAACUUGCAGGUAUGAACAUUAUAAAUAUACAGCGGCACUGUAUUGACGUACAUAAUUUCACCAGUCUAGACCAACACAUUCAUCACAAAUUACGAUACUGAGCUGCUCUCCAGUUGGUUAUAUUUGCUGUGAAUCGACCAUGUCUUGUUGUUGUAUAAAACAAAGUACUGGCUUCAAAAGCAUCAUUUGCAUUUGAUAAUCUUGCUAGUUUUGUUUACUUUUAUCAUUAAUAUCUUUAUAUAAUAUAUACAGUAAUUAACAUGGGGUUUUGUUUGGUGGCCCAACCAUGGACAUACAAAAAUAUUGGCGGCCCAUUGAGACUGCCCAAAGAUUUCCAUGGCCCAUCCCAAAUCACUCCAGCCCACCAUGACAGUUACUUUAUAACUGGUCCCUUACUAGUAUUUUUUUUAUAUGUGUAUUUCGUAUUAAUUAAAAUACCUCAACAGUCUAAUUUCAAUACCUCAAUUUUUGCGGGAGGAUUUUUGCAAAUUUCAUGUAUACAAAAGAUGCCACACUACGUAACUGUGGACAAGACUGUUGUGGUUAAUACUUCUCUUAGAACAAGUAAUUUUAUUGAACAACUGUUUUUGAUUUGUAGGCGAUCAACCCGAAUUGAAAACGUUCACCUCAACCUUAGAUCAAGAAAUGGGUGAAAAUCCCAAAGAUGCAAUUAUCAGAUUCAGGCAAUGUACCAUUGAAAAAACCUUGAUGAGGCAGCCUAUAUUUGUUAAUAGGUCAUCUGAUACCAUCAUUAAAGAGGUUUUGAAACUAUUUAAACCUGACUCAAUUGACAUCAGAAAAAAAACCUGA